AGAACGAAGAGAGGCGCGAAGGCAGAAAGAAACGGUGAUCAAAGGAGGAACAAAGAGAGUCGCAAAGGAAGAACAAAGGAAGGGGCGAAACGAAGAGAGCCGCUAGGGCAGAAAGAAACGGUGAUCAAAGGCGGAACAAAGAGAGUCGCCCGCAGAACAAGAGAACUCUCGAAGGCAUAAAGAAACGGAACUCUGUGUAAAAAUGUGAACAGCGUUUCAAUUGAAAUAAAAGCCAAAGUGAAGAUAGAUUUUAGAGCGCAAUUCGAGUAGCCAUCAAAAGUUUCAAUUAGUUCCAAUCAGAGUGUAGCUCCAUGACUCAACUGUCAGCAGCGGCAAUGCUCAUACUGCAGCUCGUAGUGCCUGUCCUCCUCCUCCUCCAACAAUUAUCCACCUGCUCCGCUGUCAGUCAGAUUGUUGACAAUUUUGAUGGGCUUGCUGAUGGCUCCUACAUGACCAGCAGGUCGAGCAGCCGCCCCCAGCACAGCUUUGACAUGCAUUAUGACAACUCGAACACAGACUCCGACUCCGACUCCGACUCCAACUCCAUUGGCAGUGCCAACAAUGAAACGAGAAUACUGCGACGUGGCAAACGAUAUCUGCAGUUCAGCAAGGGAUCCCGUAUGUCGUGGCGCACCAAUGGCAAGAACACGCUGCUCAAAAUCAAUACGUUGUACGCCUACGGCUAUGGCUUUCGUACCAAUUAUCCUUUCCCCUCAAUCGAAGAGCAAAAGAAGGAUAAUGCGGUAUUCUUUCGCCUCUUUAAGCGGGAUUUGUUCUCCAAAUUAGAGACCGCUUUGGAUGGCCAUGGCUUUGAUGGUCGCGCCUGCAUGCUGAAAUCCUUUUGCACAGCUGUGCUGGAUGUGGACAAGGCGGGGCAGAAGAGCGGCAUGCUCUUCAAGCUGCUCAAAUUGGUAUUCAGUCGCGCCAAGCGAUAUUUGGAUAUAAUAGAAACCACACGCAUAUUUGUGGGUAUAUUCGAUAAUUGCAUCAGUCCAAUUGCUUAUAGAGUUGCUUCUCCCCUUUUCAAGUUCCGCGUUAAUGCCAAAAACAAUGUGAUUGCCUCGCCCAUUGUCUGGGCACAUGGCUAUGGCUUUCGUGCCAAUACCCCAGUGCUGGUUAAGCGGGAGAAUCGACCCUUCAGAAGGGACACCUAUGAGCUGCUCCACGAGCUCAUCGAUCGCAGUGGCCUCGAUGGGCGUGCGUGUGUCCUGAAGGCAUAUUGCACGGCUCUCGCGGGGGAUCAUGGUCAGGGUUUCUUGUUUAAGCUUUUAAAAUAUGUUUUUACCUUGGACGAACACGAAAAGCGUCAUAUGCCGCAUCUACGCGAGCAAAACUGCGAACAAAUCAUGCACAGCCACUGCCCAUUGAGCUUUGACAGCAUUUCCCCCUACACAGACGAUGUUUGAUGUUAGCCAUGCACACACAUGCACGAUGUGUAUUUGUUUGCUUUUCGGCAUGAAAAAUAAACAACAACUGAGAUUGAAUUGAAUGUGAAAAUAGAAAUAUAAACACACGUUUU